CCCGGGAGGCCCCGCGGCACGCCGGGCGCGCGGCGUUUAAAUCGUUGUCGGUUGGGCGGGCCCGGCCUGGCGCUGCCCCACCGCCGCCGCCGCCGCCAUGGACCCCCGGCUGUACCAGUGCGUCUGCCCCGGCCGCGUCCUCAACAUCCAGCGCAGCAACGGCCUGAUCCACAAGGCGACGGUGCGGAUGGUGAACGCGGAGAGGUCCCUGGUGGCCGUGGAGUGGUCGGAGGGCGGCGCCGUCAAGGGCAAGGAGAUUGAUAUUGAUGAUGUGAUAACAAUAAAUCCUGAGUUAACAGAGGAACUACGUGCUGCAGAUGUGAAAGAGAACCUUCCUUUGCAAGAGAAUGUGACUGUACAGAAACAGAAGCGUAGAACAACCCUUUCAAAAAUUCCUGCUCCGCGGGAAGUUGCGUCAAUGGCACCUAAAGUCUCUGCACCUGAGCAGAAGAAUCCAGCUAUGCGUGGCCGCUCCAGGAUGUCUGUCAUCACGGAACCUCAGUGCAGCCUCCAGGAAAAUGAGAUGGGGGUGGAUCCCUGCACUUCUACACAAACAAGAAACAAUUUGUCAGUUCCUGGUGGCCGUACCAAGACUAGCAGGCUGAGCUAUGCUCCAGAACCCACACUGACAAAUGGAAAUUCAGAGGAUCAUCUGCUUUCUGCUAGAACAAACCCUUCAGCGAGCCCAGUUCGGAGAAGAUCUAACAUUGUGAAAGAGAUGGAGAAAAUGAAAAACAAGAGAGAAGAAAAGAGAGCUCAAAUCAGUGAAAUCAGGACAAAACGUGCACAGGAAUUUGACAGCAGUUGUCCAAACUCGGAGUUUGGACGGAUGAUCAAGGAAUUCAGAGCAACUUUAGACUGCCAGCCACUAUCUAUAACUGACCCAAUAGAGGAACACAGGAUUUGUGUCUGUGUCAGGAAGCGCCCUCUAAAUAAACAAGAAGUUCUGAAGAAGGAAGUUGAUGUGAUUACUAUUCCAAGCAAAUGUGUCCUGCUGGUCCAUGAGCCAAAGCAGAAAGUGGAUCUAACAAAAUACCUUGAAACCCAAGCAUUCAGAUUUGACUUCUCAUUUGAUGAAAUGGCUUCUAAUGAAAUGGUGUACAGGUUCACUGCUAGGCCUCUUGUACAGACCAUCUUUGAGGGUGGAAAAGCGACAUGUUUCGCGUAUGGCCAGACAGGCAGUGGCAAGACACAUACUAUGGGUGGAGACUUCUUGGGGAGAGCACAGAAUGCCUCGAAGGGCAUAUAUGCUUUUGCAUCACAAGAUGUCUUCCUUCUUCUAAACCAGCCCAGGUACAGAAGUCAGGACCUGGAAGUCUAUGUGACUUUCUUUGAAAUAUACAAUGGAAAGGUGUUUGAUCUCUUGAAUAAGAAGGCAAAGCUUCGAGUCCUGGAGGAUGGCAAGCAGCAGGUCCAGGUGGUUGGCCUUCAAGAGAGACAAGUCAGCUGUGCUGAAGAUGUCAUUAGAAUGAUUGAGAUGGGCAGUGCAUGCAGGACAUCGGGACAAACUUUUGCAAAUGCUAGCUCUUCACGGUCACAUGCCUGCUUCCAAAUCAUACUGCGCCGAAGAGGGAAGAUGCUUGGCAAAUUUUCCUUGGUGGAUCUGGCAGGAAAUGAGAGGGGUGCAGACACAUCUAGUGCUGACAGGCAGACACGAAUGGAAGGGGCAGAAAUCAAUAAAAGCCUGCUAGCUUUGAAGGAAUGUAUCCGAGCUCUAGGCCAGAACAAAUCUCAUACCCCUUUCCGGGAAAGCAAGCUGACCCAGGUGCUGAGAGACUCUUUCAUAGGAACUAACUCAAGAACCUGUAUGAUAGCAAUGAUUUCUCCAGGCAUGAGUUCAUGCGAGUACACCUUAAACACACUGAGAUACGCUGACAGAGUGAAAGAGCUCAGCCCUCAUAAUGGAGGUGGUGAAACACAGAAUCAUAUGGAGAUUGAGAAUGAGGAAACGGAGAUCAGUGGAGAAAGCUCAACUCUUCAACACAAUCUCUCCAAGGAUGAGGAGGAAGAUAUGUCUCCCCACAUGUUCAAUUUCCGUGAGGCUGUCACUCAGAUUGGUGAACGGGAGGAGAAGGUUGUAGAACAGCUUAGAGAACUGAGACAGAGAAUGACGACUGAACUUGACUACCUCUUGGGAAUCACAGAGCAACCAGACUAUGAUCUUGAGACCUUUGUGAGCAGAGCAAAGUACUUCAUAGAAGAGAGCUCAAGAAAUUUCCUUAGUGUCAGAGAAACAUUGGAUGCCCUGGUGGUCGCCAUGCAGCUGGAGGAGCAAGCCAGCAAGCAGAUGAACAAGCAGAGGCCUCAGUAAAUACAGCAAAACCUGGUUCACAAGCAGUCUUCUGUAUGUCUUGCACGUUUGUCAGUGGUUUGAGUAAUUCCUAUUUCAAAUGCAGUAGGGUGUCUGCAGGUCUGGUGUGCCUGAGGGCAGUGAAUGUGGCAGCCUUUCUUCAUGGCCUGGUAUCAGGGGACUCUGCAGAGACCCUGCUAGAAACCAUGCCUGCAAGGCUUGGGGAGGGGGGCCUGAGAGUGUGCUAGGUAUGUCUGACAUCUGGUCCUUUGUUAGAGACAAUGGUCUCCUCUGAUAGAACUAGAUUAUAUGUACACCAGAAAGUAAUACAUUAACUUUUGGUCCAGAUGUGUUUGAAACUUUUGCAAGUCUCUUCUAGGAAGAAAACCGACUAUGUGAUUGUAAAAAAUCAGUAUUUUAAGAAACUUGAUAAAUAAAUGUUCCUGUAUUUAAUUAACUUCUAUCUUAUAAAAUAUUUCUUACUGAUUUUUUUGCUAAAGUCUAACUGUUCCUAAAGACUUGGUGUUGUGGAGAAAGACUGAUUUCUUGGAGGAAGCUUCUUUUUAGUCUUUACUCUUGUAAUGUUUGCAUAAAAAUCAUUUAAAAUAAAUGUUGUUUCUUAAUAGAGA